AUGGGAAUUAAUAAUAAUAAAAAUCAACGGAAGAACCUGUUACAAUGGAUUCGGACAAAGGUGCGAGGUCCAUUCUUUGUUACCAAUUUCACAGAGGACUGGAAGGACGGCAUACUGUUGUGCGCACUCAUUGAGGGCAUAGUCCCGGGCAGUUGUCCGCGGUUUGACUUAUUAAGUGCCGACAAUGAGAUCGAUAACAUCAAUCUCGGACUCGCUCUCAUCAAAAGACAUCUGAAUAUCGAUUCUACCAUAGAAUCUCAUGAAAUACAUGACUGCAAAGAAGAGGCGAAAUUUGUAUAUUUCCUCUCGAGAGUGAAAUUUGAAUCCAUGAAACUCUUGAUGAAAUCACUCCUAAAGAGAUCCAUAAUUCAGAAAAGAGAUUCUUCGGGUGCGAGUCAUAUGAUGUUUGAGUCGUUGUUUAGCGACGAAAAGGUGUGUUUCGCCAAAGGGAUGGGUCUUAUUCUGGGGGUCCGCACACGUAAGGCUCGGUUCAAUAUAUUCUGCAAACCGACUCCUAAAUUGAAUUUAAUGAUUGAAAUCAUGGGUCCAAACAAUACGAUGUGUUCCGAGAAAAUUGCUGUCUUUAGUCAAAAACGAAAAUUUUCAUCCGAUGUGAUCACCAAAUCACUGAUCGAGGACUUCCUCAAUAGGAAGAAGUCGUCCGAAGACAUCCUGAAGAUCCCUUUCUUCUAUGAAGUGUUUUCCAACAAAAUUGUCGUCACAUAUAUCCCACUCAUGAAAGGCAUUCAUAAGCUGUCGAUCAUAUGGCAGGGACAACACAUCCUCAGCAGCCCCUAUACAGUAAAAGUGGAGGACUGCUAUAUCGAUCCUGUCAAACCAUCGGAUCAGAUGAAUGGCUCGAUGUCGCCUACAGUAUUUGUCCCCGGAUUGCAAUAUCCGGUCAACGCAUUGACCCGAAAAGAGUCCAUUUCUUUCGAUGAGUGCGCGACUGUUGUCCGCAGAAAAGUACUCAAACAGACGGUUGUUAUUAAUGGCACACAAAAGAUAUUUAAAGAAUCCCAGUCCGACAGUGGAGUCUGUAGUCAUAUACUCAAUACGGAUGCGAUUCAUCAAAAUCUGUUGCGUCGAAAGAGCACGAGUUAUCCCAAUCUUAGGCUUACAGACAAUAAAUCUGUGGAUACAAUGGUUGACAAUGAAGGGGACAAUUCAUGUCCUUCGGGGCAAUACAUUGACGAUGAGAUUCCCGAUUACAGCAAACUGUUUGGUCACUACUUCGAUGACUUGAAUGCAAACAAAGACCAAAGUUUGGCACAAGACUUGGGCAUUUAUCCCGAAAAAUGUGAAGUGUUUGGUGCCGGAGCUUAUUAUGGUCAAGUCGGUGUCAAAAACCAUUUUAUGGUAUCGACAAAAGACGGCGGAAAAAGUUAUUUAGCGGUCGGCGUUCAGAGUGUGGACUCGGAUGAUGUCAUUGAAGUGUCGUUCACUUCAAUCGGACAAAACAGAUAUGAAGUACAAUACGAAGUGUCACGACCCGGAUAUUAUGUUAUAUUUGCCAACAUUGGAUUCAGUUCGUCGACGUGUGACCCGAGUGGAGAGCACCUGGAGUCCGGCAGUACUAAGUGCGAGUACAACAACAACAGAAUUUGGGCCCUUUCUCUCUUCUAUUCUGGAGCCGUCAUUGCCGUCAUUGGAUCCCUGGCCACCUGCCAAAGUAGCGGUUAUCUACUCAUAGUAUAUAUGAUACUCUAUGUCGGUUGGAUUGGAGUGAUCGUUGGUUUAACUGUUCAGCGGAUGUCUUCGAACAGUUUGGCAAUGAAUGAGGCGUUUAAUACGAUCACUGAAGAAGUGAUUAGAGACAAGUGGGACCUUUACGCUCAGAUUCUGCAUCUCUGGUCUCAUUUCAUUAGUAAAUUUAUUCCAAUAUUAGACAGAUAUAGAGUACCAGUACCUAUGGACUGUCCGUUUCAUCCGCAACGUGAUUACCUUUGGUGGCCAGACAUUGAAGACGAGUACGAGUAUGACGAUGAGAUCAGCUUCCAGUGGACCUGUCCUUUCUGUGGCUCCAAUUUUCUGUGCGCCGAGCGAUUAGCCAUUCAUUGGGACGAAAUACAUCGAAACGAAUUCACACGGUCAGAAGACUCCAUAUGUUUAGCAGAUUUUUGCGAUAUUAUGAGGUGUGAUGUAAUCAUUGCAAACAAGCGUAAGCGUCGGAACCGCUUGCGAUCUCUGGCCUUAUCUAAAAACAAGACAGAAUUCAAUAUUCAGACCAAUUGUGAUCCAAAACACAUGAAAUUCUUAGAGAAUAAAUGCGAGACAAUAGUCCGUCAGUGCACUCAAGGCUUGAUUACUAGCAUCUCAUCAAAAGAUUAUCGCGAUAUUGAAUACGAGUUGAUUGAAAGUGUCUGCUCUUACCUGACAUGCGAUCGAUAUUUGGACGACUAUUUACAUGAGCAUUAA